AUGAAAUUCGCUCAUUUAAUCACUUUCCUGCCUCUAGCGCAGGCCCUUCCGCUCGCUAAGCGAGACGGCACCGAACUGGUCAUUCGGAAUCGACUGGGGAAUUACUACGAGAUUGAAGGUACCGUCGGCGACUACUUCACCAACCUUUCAUUCGUUAUCAAUUCUGGCCAAGACGAUUCUUGGGUUUCGUCUGACCAGUUCAAUACUAAUCUAUCGAACACUUUUACGUCGUCAACAGAAGAGUUUUGUUUCCAGGAUUUUGUCACAGGCAUGACUGUGUCGGGUGUGUAUGGCUCGGACACGGUGUCCUUUGAAUCUCAAGACAUCGACAGCCUGAAAUUUGGAGUUGCCACCACUAACCAGGCUGGCUACAGCGCAUCUUUGGGGCUCGGUAGUUCGAGCUCGUUCAUUGAGGCCCUCUACAACGCUGGCAAAAUUACAAGCAGAAUUGUGUCCAUCUGGUUGCAGAACAAUAGAUCUCCUGGCAAGAUCAACUUUGGUGGCACAGACAGUUCUCUUUAUUCCGGCAGCUUGACCUACGUCGACCUGAUCGGCUACGAGACCGACAAGACAAACGGCGGCUAUUUUGUUUCACUGGACGCAAUUGAGACAUCAUCCGGCUCUAAGCUCGCUAGCGAACAGACCGGCUACAUCGACACUGCUUCUGUUUUGUCUUACGUGCCGUCUGAAGUUCUCCGGCAAAUCACCGACGACUUGCAAGCCAGCGUUGACCAGACCAGUGGUCUAUGGACAGUUGACUGUGGCACAAUUGAGACCACUGACUUGAGAUACAAGCUUGUUUUUGGCAGCACUGAAAUCGAAGUCCAGGCCAAUCAGCUAUUUUUCCAGGAGUCCAGCACCUGUUACCUGACAGUGACAGAGACUCAAAUUGACGGCGUUGUUGUUCUGGGCCAGUCUUUCCUUACAAGCAUUUACUUGGUCUUUGAUCUGGACAAGCAACAGGUUGGCUUGGCGCAGGUUGACGUGGAUAAGAAUGUUGUCACCAGCUGCUCUCUCUGCUCUCAUUCGAGCACAAGCAGCAGCAGCAGCAGCUCCUUGACUACUCCUUCCACCUCCUCAGCGUCCUCUACAACGAGCAGCAUCAGCACCACCACGAGUUCAAGCAGCAUGAGCACCACUAGCUCCAGCUCUAGCUUCAGCACCAGCUAUAAUUCUACCUACAGUUCUUCGAGCCUCACCAGUUCUACGUCUUUGUCCAGCAGCACGCUGACAUCAAGAACAUCAACUAGCGACACCUCAAGCAGCACGGUUCCAAAAACUUCCAGUUCAAGGUUCAGCUCAACUUCUAUCUCAACCACUCCGAUCUCAUCAGCCUCCAGCAGCACCUCUCGCAGUUUCAGCCAUUCAACGUCCACUACACCUGCUUUAACCUCAUCAAGCACAAGUAGCUAUUGGAGUACCGCCACACCAAGCUCCAGCUCCUCAACACAGCUCUGCUCGGGAUCGUUGGUCACCACAACUUAUUCCACAACUAUCUCCAGUGGCGAUUGGACCACAAUCUCUGUGAUGACCAGUUACAUAUGCUCUUUUGCCGUCUCCAGCUUUGAAACCACCACGCAAACCACAUGCACAAUCUGCACAAGCACAACGCCAAGCCCGGAGGUUUCUACUGUCUCCAGCCACGAAUCAUCUGCUACACCUCACUCAACAGUUACUUCAAGUACAAGCAAGGACUUAAGCUCCUUCCUAACCCUUCUGACCCCAUCCACCACUCCACUGCAAGUGACGACCGUCUCCAGCUCCUCUAGCCUUUCGAUUUCGUCCAGUUCCAGUUCGUCUAUGCCUGAGAGCCACUCAAGUACGCUCGCUUCAACCUGGAUCACCAGCAGCUCCCCAGGAACACCCCCCAAGUACGAAACAACCGUGCACACCGAAAAUACGGUCACGGACACACUGAGCUGCAGCACAGAAACAGCCCCAGAAAGCUCUUUUGAAUCAAGCGUGACGUCCACAUCCUCUUCUCAGGCACCAUCUUCGUCGACCCCUACCCCUUCAGAGGUGACAUCUGCAACGCUGGCCACCCAGUCCACGCAGACCGUCACCGAAGACUGCUCGUGCUAUACCUCAGUCUACGUUUCGUCUGGAACCACUAUCUUCACAGUCGUCUCGACUCGCACCAGCACUUACCCUGGUAUCGUGAUUUCUUCCACCAGCAGCUCUCUGCAAUCUCUUACUAAAUCACAAACACCUAGACAGUCGUCCCUGGCAGACUUUUCUUUGGUCAGCUCUUCAUCCACUUCAUCAGCUCAUUCCGUCCUGACUUUUGCAGGAGCCGGCGUGCGAAACCAGCUAAGCCUCGCUGCCGUUCUCCCUGUGUUGUUUUAUGUUCUCUAA